AUGGCAUCCUACCUCCAGAAGCUGCGACGGCACUCGAAGCAGCUAAUUCCCCAGCACGAGUCGAAGUCUGUGGAACCGAAGGCCCAGGAGUCCUCCAACAUCUCAGAACCUGUGGCUGGACCAAGCGAGCCUGCAAAGUCUCCGCCCGCACCCACUGUCACUGAACCUAGCGAAGAACCAGCCGCGGAACCUGUACUAGACGAGGAAGAUGAACAGUUCCUCGAACGGCUCGCCGCCAUCGCGUCAGAGCCAGAAGGCACACCCCCGCCCCUACCCACACGGAGAAUGGAGGCAGUCGACGAUAAUGGAGAGAAGAAAGUGGGCCGAGACGCACAGGAGGCGCUGAUGGACGGCGCGGACAAAGUUGCGCUGCCUAUGAGUCCGCCUGAGACAACUGCUGACACUACCGAAAAGGGCAAGGAGAAGGCCAAGGAUGGCGGGCUGGCCAGAAAGAAGAGCGUCAUGUCGUACUUCUCGCUACCGAAGUUCAACAAGAAAGAUGGUGACAAGGGAAAGGAGAAGGUGGCAAAGGACCUCAAGACGAAGGCGGUCACGGACAAGGACAGAGCGCAGUUUGCCGACGACCUCCUCGCAGCCGCCGAAGCUGCCAAAACUGCACAGCUGACCGAGGCGCAAAAAGAGAAUAAAGAACUUACCGAUAUCCUCGAUCAACUCAACCUCUCCGCGGUGAACAACCGCGUCUUCUCCUUCAGCAAGGAAUCCGAGGAGCUCCUCAACAAGUUCACGCAAGUUCUCAAAGACUUGGUCAAUGGCGCGCCAACGGCGUACAACGACCUCGAGAAACUCUUCACAGAUUACGAUAAUCAGCUGAAGAAGAUGUACAGCGGUUUACCACCGUUCCUACAAAACCUCGUCAAGAGUCUUCCAGCUAAGCUAACUGCCACACUUGGACCAGAACUGCUGGCAGCGGGUGCAGAGAAGCCUGGUUUCGAUGCAAAGAUGGCUGCUGGUGCAAGCAAGGGCAAGAGGAGCAAGAUUCCGAGCGUCCCGAGUCUGAAGAGCUUGGUAACCGCUCAGGGCGCUGUUGCGACUGCGCUGAGGAGCAUUGUGAACUUUCUCAAGUUCAGGUUCCCAGCUCUGGCGACAGGCACGAAUGUCAUUAUGAGCUUGGCAGUAUUCGUACUCUUGUUCGUUUUCUGGUAUUGCCACAAGCGCGGCCGCGAAACACGUCUCGAGAAAGAGCGUCUGGCUGCUGAAGAAGCAAACUCAGGACGCGUCAGCAGUGCGUCUUCGAUCAACGAUGAUACCGAUUCUAUCUUUGGGGAUAAGACAUCGAAGCCUGCGCAGAAGGCCAAGGAGGGAGAGAAAGAAGCACCCAAGCCCCCAGUCAUCAUCAGCGACACUAAGCAGAUCGAAGAGCAGCCUGCGACGGUGGACGAUAUGCCCAGUGUGAGCCAUCUACCUGAUCCGAAAGAUGGACAAGUCCCGGUCUCGGCACCACCGCCUUCGCAACGCAAGUGA